UGAGGAUUCAUGAACGAACCGCAAAAUUGAAUGCUCAAGAACGCAUCGAUAGUAAAUUCAGUUUCGGUGUGUUUUUCAGGAUACAUGAAAAUGGCGAAGUCGAUAAAUUUACAAGAUCUUGUGAAACAUAUUGUAAAUGGUACAUUUGAGCAAAAGUUUUGUCGGAUAUGUUUGUUACCUUUAGAAGAUCUUUACGAGGAUGCUUUUACCACUGUUUGUAAAGAAAACAUUGAAUAUUGUAUAGCAGAUAUUCUAGAAGUUGUUUGUCAUAUACGACUUUCAGCAGUACACAAAUUUAAAAUAUGCCCAAGUUGUUUUAUGAUAGCAUCAGAGGCCUACAAGUUUUAUUUAUUAACCCAAAAAAGUGAGAAAUUACUUAAUUUUUAUGUCGAGGAAUUAAAUAAUCAAAUCCAUUCAAUAGAAGAACCAGAAAAACUAGCCGCAGAGUCCCUUUGUAUAACUUUGCCGUGUAUACAGCCAGAUAGUUUUGAAUAUGAUUUCGAUAUUGAUAAAUUUCCUUUUCAAAGUUGUGCAGACGACAAAAACUUAGAGCUGUAUAAUAAACACGACAUGGCCAAAGCUAAAGAUGAACCAAAAAUUAAAAUGGAAUUGAACAUAAAUGAUGACUUUGAGGAAAAUAUAUUGAUUAUUAUGGGAGAGAAUGGUGAACCAUCAUUUUAUAAGCCACAGGAAGACGGAACACUGGUAUCUCUAGAAAGUAGUAAAAAUGAUUUUAGUGAAGUUUUGAAACAAUUACCGGAAACAAGUAUUUUAAAGAAGAAAAAGAAAAGGAAACGGAAUCCCAUGGAAUACAAGAUGUGCAGUAGAUGCCCCGUCAGGUACAGAUUUGUUAGGAAGCUGAAGGAACAUAUGAAGGAAGAACACGGGGUAGAUCUCUUUGUAUGCAAGGUAUGUCAAGCCAUAAUAGAAGAUGAACAGGAAUUUAACAAUCAUCUACAAACCCACACUGGUAUACACACAUGUGCUAUAUGCAAUACGGUAUUCAAAAAACGGGAAACGAUCAUUGCUCAUUUUAAAUGGCACGAAGAAAUGAAAAAUAUGAGUAAGUUAGAGGGUGCACAUAUUUGUGAAAUAUGUGGGCUGAUACUUAAAAGCGCGGAGCAUUUGAAAGAGCACAAUGAAAAGAAGCAUGUAAAGAAAUAUACAUGUUAUUACUGUGGGCGGAUGUAUAAGGGAGAGAUUAGCUUCGAAAUGCAUAUAAAAAAACAUGAAAUGAAUAAUGAUAUUAAACGAAAUCCAAGCCAAAUAAAAAGUGAAGCCAUUAAGAAAAAACGGAAAUUUACCUGUCCUACAUGCGGGCGAGACUUUGUGGAUGAGAGGGCGUUGCUGUGGCAUGAACGGCUACAUACCAAUGAGAGACCUUAUGUUUGUGACGUAUGCGGGCGCGGCUUCGUGUCGCUGAACCGCCGCAACCAGCACGCCGUCUGCGCGCACACGGCGCCCGCGCGGCGCUGCCCGCUGUGCCCCGCGCUGUUCCACCUGCGCUCCAUGGUCAACACGCACAUCAAGAAGGUGCAUCUCAAAGCGCAUAAACGUAGAAACCGUACGAGCAAACACCAGAAUGUAUUUUGGAAAACAGAAACGGUGCCGAUUCAAGAACUCAGCGUGUCCAUACAGAACGAAAUAUUAGAGUUACAAGCGGCACAUAAUGACGCGAUACAAACACCUAAAUGGUGACAGCAGAUCAAGUAUAAAGGAUUGCGCCAGAAUAUGUAGUAUUAUUCAAUGAAUUUGCAUCAGCUGAUCCAUAAUUAUAUAUAUGUAUAUCAUAUCAUAAGUUAUAUCUAUGUUACUAAUAAUAA